AUGGAUCGUGGAGAGUCAGUCCUUUCACCUGAAUACACGUCGGCUGGGCUAGAGCUUCUUAGUUUCGAGUAUGAGCUCGGCGAGGAUAAGGAGGACACUGCCACCUCACCAGAGACCUCACCACGCCGGCCCACUCCUUCAAAAAAUUCUUACAGGACACCCAAGGGUACUCAGGUGAAGCAGACCCCAAGGAAGGUAGUUGUUACCCCCUCACGGAAAAGGACGAUGUCCCCACAAGCAUCACCGCCGACAACAAAGAAAUCCUGCGGAGACGCCGUUUAG